AUGGGCUGGCGGCUGCUGCGCGCUCUCCUUGGCAGCACAUUCGUUCUCGCACACCGCAGCACCGUGUACUACCGCGACAGCACCAACACCCACCUCGUGGCGCGCGAUACGGACCAAACCAGCGUCGCGAUCGGAGACGACCCGAGCUGGACAAAGCUGCUGGGCUUUACGGUGCACGAAGCCGGCGCGAGACUCUACUGGUCGGACGGCAAUGCGAUCUGGCGCGCCAACCUCGACGGCAGUGACCGCCACAUUUUCGUCGGCGCGAUGGUGCACGUGACGUGGACAGGCGCCAACUUUGGAUUUGGCAUCCACGACGUUGCGCUGCGCGUCGAAGGUGUGCCGUGCGUCCGCAUCACGGCAUGGUCGCGCACCCAACUGACGUGCGUCAUGGCGCGCCCAGCGUGGACCCUGGCGUCGACAACGAGCCUCGAUCUUAGUGCUAUAAGCAUGACCACGUCCGCGGGCACGACUAAUGGCGUCCAGGCCAACUACGACAGCCUCGUCUUGACGCCGGGCCUGGCCAUGCCCCUCGUGCAGUCCAUUGCAACGCGCGUGACGCUCCUCAACCCGCACACGCUCGCCAUCGACCACUAUGAUCCAAGCGCCCACUGGCUCGUCUUCUCGGACGACGCCAACGGCCGCGUCUACCGCGUCGACGUCCACACGUACGCCAUGCAAGACCUGCUAACCUCGGUGUGGGCGGUGCAUGGCCUUGCUGUCGUCGGACCGUCCGUGUAUUUUUCCGCCGAAGCCAACGGAACCAUCGCGCGGCUCGACACGACGUCGGGCGCCGUGACGCCGGUUGUGUCGGGGCUAGCGUCGCCGCGCGGGCUCUGUGUCGACGUUAUGAACACGACGCUGUAUGUGGCCGCGAAAGGCGGUACGAUAUGGGCCGUCGCCAGCAGUGGCUUGCCCGUGCAUGGUCCGUCGCGCUCGGCGCCAACCGUCGCGAGGCGCCUUCUGGCCGUGAGCUCGCUCGCGCGCCUCAAUGGCAUCGCGUUGAGCCAUGAUGGGCGCCUCUACUGGAGCGAGGCCAACACGAACGUCGUCGCGCGCACGUCGCUUGUGCAGCUGCGCCGCGAAGUGCUCUUCGGUGGCACACCGCAGUCGGUGCUCAGCUGGCCCCGCCAUGUGUACGCUCUGGCCUCGGGCGCCGGCGUGUACUGUACGGAGUACGCCGGUCGCAUCCGCCUGCUGGCGCUACCCGGCGCAGCGCCCACUACCGUCGUCAACGCCGCCAUGGCGACAACUUCGAUAGGGCAACUCGACGGCGCCGUUGCAGCCCGUCCACCGUCGGCGCCGCUGCCGUUCUAUGCGCUCGAGUGACCACGGAUGUGACCGUCGUCCCGC